UUUAACCCUCAGGUCCCCUCCCACCCGCUUUCACACAUACUCGACAUAUUGAGGCGGCUGACAAGCGACUGGCAGGAUGGAGAAGGAGGCUCCGCCCCGCCGCUCCGUGGCAGAACUGGCAGGGAAAUUCAAAGGUCCGGCUCCUCAGCCACACGGCGCCGCUGGGAACCAGGCGGAUAAAGCUGUGAGGCGACGGCCGCCUCGAACCCUGCCGCUCCCCAACGCUCACACAGACCUGGCCCAGCCUCCGUCAGGCGCCGCGUCUCCUCCCAAAGCCAGGAGGAACUCUGCUCUGAUCGAGAAACUCCAGGCCAACCUGACUCUCGUCUCCCCCACCGCGGCGCCGCUGAAGAGCCCUGGACUGAAGAUGCUGCCUCUGGGCUUCCCCCCGGCAGUUCCCAUGGUAACCACGUCAUCCACGACCACGCCCACUAGCCCCGCCCCCGCCUCCCCGUUGACAGAAAGCCCCACCUCCUUUGAAGCGCCUCCCUCCGCUGGAGAUGGAAACAUCCUGCAGAGCAUCAACAAGGGCAGAGCCCGAGUCUCCAUCAGGCGGCGCCCUCCGUCCCGCCGCCACAGGAAGUCCAGCAGUGGAGACGACGUGGGAGUGGGACAUGACGUGGCAGACACACACCUGAGCUCUGGGGUGGAGGGACAGGAGAAAACCAGCUCAGGAGGAGGAGGAGGAGGAGGAGGAGGAGGAGGAGGAGAGGAAGAGGGAGAAGAGGUGUUCAUGGAGGAAGGUCCGACAGAAGCUUCAACACAGAGAAAAGAAACUGGUGAAGAAGAGGAGACGAAGAGCAGCACUGAUGUGAAGGAGAAAGAGGAGGAGAAAGAGGAGGAGGAGGGAACAUGUGCAUCCCAGCAGAUGAAGAUGGAGGAAGAGGAGGAGAACACCUGUGAAGACAAACAGCAAAAAGCCGCGGCUGACGAAACAACCAAUCAGGAGGAAGAAGCAAAGAGUUCUUCCCGCUGAGGAAUCGGACCUCUGACCGAGCCGGAGCGAGGUCACCGUGACGCUGAGCCCCUGGAGUGCAGAGAGGGAGACCCUGCGGCAGCAUGACUGCGGGGGAAAAUGGCGGCGGACGGCGAGGAGAGGACCGUCUGAAGCGAACUGUCAGAGCGAAGCUGCAGAAGCUGCUGAUGUUCCCUUGAGCUGAGCUUCUACACCGCGGCGCUGAAUUUGCUGCUUUUUCAAAGACCAACGCGUGAAUUCUCUGUUUCUGUCACGUUUUCCUGCUGUUUGGUGGAAUAACGACUUUAUUUCUACAUCCAUGUUCAGAGCUGUGAGAACCUGAGGCCUUAUUCUGGAACCCUGAAUAAAAACACUUUUACAAAUAA